UUCUUGCUUGCCACCUAUGGCUAUUGGAGAACCAGUCAGAGGCAAGCCCUCUUCCCACAGGCUGAUUCAUGCUCUGAUUGGUGGUACCUUCCUGUCACAAUCAUCAAGCAAAUCAGUUGCCAGUGAACUGGUGAAAAGCACACUUCCCUUCUACGGGGAUGAUUCCUCCCAUUCCAAUACCCUUGAAAAUAUUUCAUUGUCUACGUUUUCAUGUGGGGGGAAGUAGACAAAGACAGGCAGCAAUGAAGUCCCCAGAACCACCUUUCUGCUGACAGUCAACUUUAAAUUGGAUGAUGAUUUAUGGUUAGUUGUGUGAGAAUAUUAAGUCUUUUGAUACACCCAUGUAGCUACGUGAUUGCACAAUUAAAUUUUUAUGAAGACUAUUAACACUUUUUUAGGGCAUUUGAGAGGACAACUCCACUUUUUUUCUGUAAAAUUGUUAGCAGAGAACAUGGAGAAGGAAUCAACGAGAACCUCUUCCCUUCACACAACACCACAUUCCAACAGGCAAAGACAACCACGUUCCCUCCAUUACUCGGAUGGGACAGUUUAUGGAGUUUGGCCUAGGCGAUCAUAUCAAGUUCUUCCAAGAAAGGCUGCCCUUAAAGUAAGUAAGGAUGAAUUAGUUAAAAUCCUAAUUGACAUGGAGACAACCUUUUAGUAUCAAAGAGGGACGUUCUUUUUGCAAUUGUAAAGGUUGUGGGGAAAACCAGAGACUCAUCAUUUGGCAUUUUUUCAAAGAGAAUUCAUGAAGUGCAAUGACUGACAUCAAUGCAUGCAUGAUAGAUUUCUAACAUGAUAGAAAAUGUAGGCGCAUGAUUUGAACUGGGCACUGUAUACCUGCAGCCGUAAAAUGGCCAUUAACAACAGAAGAAAUGAGAAUUCAAAGAACUGACUUCCACAAAGUGUAUAUCAGAAGGUUCUAUUUCUCAACUUUUUACAGAUAAAGGAGACUCACCAUAUGCGGAGGAAAAGUCAGAGCAAAUCAAAAUGGUCUUCACAUCUACUAUGGUCUAAUCCUUCCCCUUUAAAAUAACCAACUUGCAUUGUUCUUUAAUGACAUGCUGUUAAAUUUAGUGAUUGUUGUCCCGUUUGGAGUUUUGAUAAGAAAAUUUUGAAAGAAUUGUUAUGAUUAUCUAUUAGAAAACUAACUGUAGCUUAACUAAAUCUCAGUCCCCUCAGCCUAAAAAUUACUCAUUAAGUUAUUCCAAGUGAUUCUUAGACUGAACAAGACAGUGAAGGUGACUGAACAAGAUUUUCAUAUACUAAACUUAUUUAAUCUUAGACAUAGGUUAUACAACUUGUUGCAGACAUAACCCUGGCAAACAAGGAAGGCUUUGACGUCCACUUAGCCAAAAAACUCAUACCCUGUGGAAUUGGCAAAUAAGAGUUUAGUGUAUGUCUUGAGAAAUAUGCAAAGUAGCUUUUGAUUAUCAGCAUCUCCACUGCAGUCACUUCAGUGGAAGAAGGUAAAAUGUAAAUUACUUUUAGGCCUCAAGAAUAAUGUCUGGCAAAGAUGAAAGGCCUCCAUUCUCAUUAUCCAAACAAAAUCAUCAGUUUAUCUAAGAGCAACUCGCUGUGUGUUGGUAGAACUAACAAACAUGUCAGCCCACAGAAACAACUUUUAACUGUUUCAUUCAAUGUAAUAGUUGGAUUGUUAAAAUACAAAUACGAUUUCCAGUGGUAUAUGGUAUUUUCUUCUCGCUAGAUUUCCAUGUGGCAGAGAACAUGCAUCCCUCAGGAGAUGUCACCUCGUGGUCCAGCCCUACAUCUCCAUCAGCAAAUAAUCACAACAUUGCUGCAAAAGGCUGGAACCCCUUACAGUAGCCAGGACCUAUGUAACAUCAUGGAUAGUGUUGACAAUGGAAUGCAAAUUUCUGUACAAAGUUUGCUGGAAGAAAGAAUUGGGUACCUUUCCUCAAAAUACCUCUGCAAAAUAUUUUUCAAGACCUCCUGA